UAGCACAGUACCAUGCUAUGGCACCUUGCAUGAAGUUACUUUGAGAAAAUGUCAGAGACCCAAGUUAUAUGAUGAAACCCUUGAUCCAUCUUUAACUUACGAGGGAGAUGAGGUCAUUGGUUUAUAGGUGUCAAGUCGCCAUUCGCUUUCCUUGUACUUCCCGUAACCGUUGUGUUAUUGGAGCCUUUCCCUUUCGAUCUAUAAAAUUACACCAAAAAGAAAGGCCGUGACGGACGAAAUCUUCAAAGCCCAAAGGACCCUCUCUCGCUGGCUGCGUUUCUAUUUUCUGGAAACUUUCACGGUAGUUACACGUGUUCGCAAUUUAUCGUCGGGUCACUUCCCGCGUGAAGACCUUCCCGACUCGGGACUUGCUAUCAUCUUCAAAAACUUCCUAAGUCUCUUCUUCUUGAACGGCCUCAUUCAACGGCUUUAACCACCAAAGUGAUGAAAAUGAAUAUUAUGCCCUCCUUCUCAGACAGUAAACACCGACGGAGUCCCCGAGGAGAGGCUCUCCUCCCACAAAAGCAGGGCUACCGAGUACUCGAGACUCCCGAAGCCGGCUUUGAUGGGGCUUCAACUUCAGGAGCCAUUUUCAACCUCUCGACCACAGUUGUGGGAGCCGGUAUCAUGGCGCUCCCAGCCACCGUCAAUCAGUUGGGCCUAAUCCCGGGUCUAUUCGCAAUCAUAUUCGUCUCUAUGCUAACGGGAUCAUCCAUCGAUAAGAUACUUAGGUUCAGUCGAGCCUCCAAGUCGGCCACGUAUUCAGGCGUUGCCGCUGACGCUUUCGGUGGGACCGGCCGUAACAUCCUUCAGGUUUGCAUCGUCAUCAACAAUUUGGGCAUGCUUGUGGUUUACAUGAUCAUCAUAGGUGAUGUGUUGUCGGGGACAUGGGAGGAUGGGUUCCACCACAAGGGAGUUAUGGAAGAAUGGUUCGGUGAACACUGGUGGACAACGCGUUCGGCUUUGCUCAUGUUCACCACGCUCUUCGUUUUCGCACCUUUCAUUUCAUUCAAACGCGUUGAUUCAUUGAGAUACACAUCGGCAUUGUCAGUUGGUUUCGUGAUUGUAUUUGUGGCAAUAACAGCGGGAGUUACCAUUGUUAAGUUGAUGGAAGGGAAAAUCGAAAUGCCUCGUUUAAUGCCGAAACUUGAAAACCAGGCAUCGUUUUGGAAGCUUUUCACCACUGUUCCUGUUCUAGUCACUGCUUAUAUAUGCCACCAUAACGUACUCCCAAUAGCGAAUGAACUGAGAGACCCUACACAGAUGAAGUUAAUUGUUAGGAAGUCCCUCAUGUUUUGCUCUUCUCUCUACAUUGCCACCAGCUUCUUCGGAUUAGUUCUGUUUGGAGAUCAUAUUUUGGAUGAUGUGCUUGCCAAUUUUGAUGGUGAUCUUGGAAUUCCGUAUAGCUCGUUGCUCGAUGACUUGAUCAGAGUGAGCUACGGGCUUCACUUGAUGCUUGUUUUCCCAAUUGUGUUUUUCUCCCUUCGUCUCAACGUAGAUGGUCUUUUAUUUCCAUAUGCCAUUCCUAUUGCCUUUUCCGAAAAGAGGUUCUUCUCAAUGACAGUAGCUCUUAUGGGUUUUAUCUUUAUGGGAGCCAACUUUAUUCCUAGCAUCUGGGAUGCCUUCCAGUUCACUGGUGCCACCGCCGCAGUUUGUGUUGGUUAUAUCUUUCCAGCUGCCAUCACCCUUAGGGACAUGGAAUUGCAACAAAGAAAGAUAGACUAAUAUCAUGGAUGAUGAUAUUUCUUGCCGUCUCAACAAGCACGGUGGCUGUGACAAGUGACAUUUAUGGCAUUUUAACAGUUGACAAAGGAGUUAUAACCUGAUUCUAUCGAGGUGUCCGUUUAUAUAUAUCCAGUGUUCCGGGUGCAGUGCACUGUUGGAAACCAGAGCUAAUGGGCAAGGAGACGAUCUGGGUUCUAUUCAUGCGGUUUACCCUCAAAGCUAACUUGACAAAUAGGGGAUAUGUUUUAUAUGAGCUUGCUGGGAAUAAAGUGAGUUUUCCAGCGUGUCAUGAGGUUUGAUAUGACCUUUUCGAUGAAAUUCAAGGUGAUUUAGCUGUUAGUUCUUGGUCCUUUAGGUGGGUAACAAAUAGGAAAAUUUUAUUGAUUGAUUAUUCAUGAUCUAAAUUUAAUUGAACGUGUUUCUCAUUAUGUAAUCAAACUAAAUUCUUACCGUUGCAUGGGUUACUGUAUUAUUAUUAUUUUUUGAGAAGUUAAAGUUACAAUUUGCUUAAAA